CCUUCCUGUAGCCCGGUUGAGGAAGUGAAUUUCGCUGACAGGGCUGGGUGCAGUGAGGGAGAGGCGAACAAAACAUCUUAACUAAAAAGAACAACAAGAGGCGAGAGAAGCGACUCGAUAAACCACAGUAAAGCUAAGGUGUACAGCCAUCCGUGAAAUCGUCCUCCCUUGCCCCGCUGAGACCGCCACAGACCGCCGCAGACAUGAGUGACCAGCAGCUGGACUGUGCCCUGGACCUGAUGAGGCGUCUGCCUCCUCAGCAGAUCGAGAAGAACCUCAGUGACCUCAUUGACCUGGUACCUGGUCUGUGUGAGGACCUCCUCUCUUCUGUGGACCAGCCCCUGAAGAUUACUCGGGACAAGGCGGUGGGGAAAGACUACCUGCUCUGUGAUUACAACCGAGACGGCGACUCCUACAGAUCCCCGUGGAGUAAUAAGUAUGACCCUCCCAUUGAAGACGGUGCGAUGCCUUCAGCUCGCCUGAGGAAACUCGAGGUCGAAGCCAAUAACGCCUUCGACCAGUACAGAGACCUGUACUUUGAGGGUGGUGUGUCCUCUGUGUACCUCUGGGACCUGGAUCAUGGCUUCGCUGGAGUUAUUCUCAUCAAGAAGGCCGGGGAUGGAUCCAAGAAGAUCAAAGGGUGCUGGGACUCCAUCCACGUGGUGGAGGUGCAGGAGAAGUCCAGUGGUCGCACUGCUCACUAUAAACUCACCUCCACCGUCAUGCUGUGGCUCCAGACAACCAAGAGCGGCUCCGGUACCAUGAACCUGGGCGGCAGCCUUACAAGACAGAUGGAAAAAGAUGAGACGGUUGGAGAGUCCUCACCCCACAUCGCCAACAUUGGCCGCCUUGUUGAAGACAUGGAGAACAAGAUUCGCUCCACACUGAAUGAAAUCUACUUUGGCAAGACCAAAGACAUUGUCAACGGCCUAAGGAGUGGUCAGAAUCUGGCUGACAAGUCAAAGCAGGAGGCUCUGAGGGUCGACCUGAUGGAUGCACUCAAACGCAAACAUAACGGCUAGAGAUGCUACUGUUGUUUUUUUUUCUGUCUCUCUCACUCUCUCUCGCCUCACCUCUGCCAUCUUUUCUCUGUUUCUUUAUGUCUCUCCCUCCAUGCCUGUUUCAGUGCUGCACUCUUGUUUAUUUGUGGAAAAACAAAAAAGGAGAAAAUGCUUAGCUUUUUAUUUGUUUUUUUUUCUGUCAGGUUUUCGUUUAUCAUGCAUCUCAUCUGCCAUGAAGCCAUUCACUCACGCUCCCUCUGUCUCUCUUCACCUCCCUCUACUCUCUCUCCUCUCUCCCACAUUCUGAAUAUAAUGAUAGUAUUACCACGGUUAAUGAUAAUCUUACAGUGUGAGGGUCAUUGUAGUAAUAAUCCCUGAUGUUCUCACAGCCGACGUGUCCUCGGCCAGUUUGAAAUGACCGAUCUUGGCCCUGCCCUUUCUCCGUGAUGAGGAAACAGACACAGACUGUGCUUUAGGUGGUGUAGGCUCAGCGGGGCUGUCAUUAUUAUGGACAUCAGAUUUAUUUCUAGCACCUAUUUUUGUCCACGACACCCCCCGAUAUAUUUGUAUAAAAUUAUUACUGUCCGUGUAUAUCAUUAUUCUGGGCGAUGUAAACGUGGGAACACGAGGGCGGCCUUUGGUUUGUGUUAGAAGGUUUUUACUCUUUACUCCACUCUGUCCACAUGCAUGUGAGCCUGUGUGGGAGCGUGGAGCUGCAGUGAGUGGAAAUGUAGACUUAUCAAACAUGGGGAUGGACUGUAAUAAUCACUGGGUGAUUACACCCAUGUUGUCAACCCCAACCCCCUACACUGUGUAUAACAUGACAGUUUGCUUCCCCCUCUGUUCUGCUUCCUCGACUUUUCUCUCUCCUCACCUACUAUGUCUUUGUUGGGGGUCACAGUUUGUCUUUGUGUCUCAGUGGAAACCUUUGACUGUUUCCAUUUUGGAGGGGAAUCUUUUGUUGUAUUUUUGUUUUGUUUUUAUUUUGUAAAGCUUAUGAUUCAUAUUGUAUUAGAGCCUCCAGCAACAAUAAAAACAGUAAAAAGCUA